AUGUUACUUGUAACACACGAGCUCUCGCGCCUGGAGGCCGUGAUAGAUAGCGUUGUCAGCAUUAUCGCUGAGCGCCGGCAGCAAUCGGAUGCGGUUCUGGACGAGCUCUCGGAUCUGCAGGCCAUGAUGGAUAGCAUCAAAAAUCAUCAUCAGCAAGUUGUCGAAAAGAAAGGGAAGAUUAUGCAGUCGAUGAAUCUGCACAAGGGACUCCUAUCGGCUCUCUGGCGCUUUCCAACGGAAGUCCUAUCCCAAAUAUUUAACCACUGUCUCCCUGAAACCACAUUUUCGCUAUCCCCAUUGAGCUUCCGAGUUAAAGCCCCCAUACUGUUAACAAGAAUAUGCCAACGAUGGAGGGAGGUUGCUGUGGGUACGCCCGAUUUAUGGUGCAGGUUGUAUGUGGAAGCCAACGGAAGCUGGGAGCAGGCAGCUUUCUGUUAUGACUUGUGGCUCAAGCGUUCACGAGGACGUCCACUCUCGUUAGAACUUGGGGACCGCUGCUCGACCACACUAUGA